AUGGGUGCUCACUCCGCAACUUGGCAAGCCUACGUCGACUCCAGCCUGAUGGGCUCGGGUCAGUUCGACAAGGCCGGUGUUCUCGCCGCUGACUUUUCCGGUCUGGAGGCUGCUUCUCCCGGGUUCACUCUCUCCCAGGAGGAUAUCAACUCCCUGGCCUCGGCCUUUACCUCCAGCGACAACGCUUUUGCCAACGGUUUCUCUAUCGGCGGUGAGAAGUUUGUCUGCAUCAAGGCUGACGAGCGCAGUCUGUACGGCAAGAAGGGCAAGGAGGGCGCCAUCGUCGUCCGCGCUUCCGCUUGCACUAUGAUCGCUCACCACGGCGAGGGUGCCCAGACUACCAACGCCGCCAGCGUGGUCGAGAAAUUGAUCGACUACAUCAACAACCCCAACUAA